AUGGCAAUUGAGGCAACCAUCAACCCAAAGUUGCCCACAUGGAGUGGGGAUUGGCUUCAAUGGCCAGACUACAAGUUGUCGGUAGAAUUGGAAGCGGAUGCCACUUCCAAAGACGACCUCAGCAGACUUGCUCCAAAGUUGGUGAGAAACCUCACCGGAAAGGCAUGGGAGACAGCGGUUGGCCUUGAGAGAGAGAAAUUGAAAAGUGAAGAUGGAGUGAACUAUUUGCUUUCCUAUUUGGAGGAGAAACGAGGCCGCCAAAAGGUUGAUGUCCUCGGAGAUGCUCUUGGAGUCUAUUUCCAAAAGAGCGAGAUAGUGCGAAAAGAUGGUGAGGUUCGGAAUGACUUCGAAGCUCGCCAUGCGGCUAAAGUCCGAGACAUCAACAAAGCUCUGGUCGCAGUCGGCGCAAAAGGUGAUACUCCAAGUGAAAUCUGGGGUUGGUUCCUUUUGCACCAGUUUGUCCGCCUUGAGCCCUCCGACGUGGCCACCGUGAAGUCUUUUGCCAAGAACUACCAGCUUGAUGAAGUCUGUAGAGCCAUGCGUCAACUAUGGGGAGGUGAUAGCCUUGCUCUCCGUGAUCAGGAGCGCAAAAAGGCAAAGAACAAUGCCAAGGUUUUGAUGAAUGAGCCCAACACGCCUGAUGACAAUGGCAUUUGGUUAGGAUCUCCAGAUCUUGACGGUGAGGAAGUGAAUCAUGAAGAUGAUCCGGAUCUCACUGAGGAUGAGAUCUCAGUCUUGUUUGAUGAAGCAUGCGAGGCCCUUCAUGAAGACCCUACUAACCCAGUAGUCCUUGCCAAUUUCCAAGAGAUGAAGAAGUUGAAGUACACGGAAGCCAGGAAGGCUCUGGACCGUAGCCGAACAGCCCGUGGAUUCUUUCCCAACAGCACCCGAAGCAGCACGUCCAUGAACUCCCGCACAAGGAAGCCACCACCUUUUGAUGGUCUUUGCAUGCGGUGCGGAAAACAUGGCCACAAAGCCAGAGAUUGUCUGCAGAAGGCUGCUCCUUCAAACUCUCGUCGUGAACCAGCUGCUGGAAAGAUUGGUUUUGCGGGCUACUUGCAGGACGCCAACCAGGCUCUUGUGAAUGACGCGGACACGAUCAUGGAUACUGAGAGCGCAAUGGUCUUUGAAGAGGACCUUGACUUUCUGUAUCAAGAGAGCCAUCCCAUCCAUGUGGCAGUGGCAUGUGAGAAAGGAGCUGAGAACUCAGAGGGUCCUGGGUUCAUUGGAUCGACGCAGGAAACCACCCGUGACAAAGCAAUCAUUGACUGCGGGGCUUCCGAGUCCAUUGUUGGAGCCAACAUGUUGCAGGAUUUCUGCGACACGCUUCAUGAACUUGGCUUUGACCCAAAGUCGGAAGUCACGGUGGAUCGUCAAGUGAAAAAGAGCUUCAUCUUCGGCAACAAUGAAACCAGUUCCUCACUUGGACUUGCCAAGGUCAACACUGGUAUGUGUGGCACCGAACAAUCAGUUGAUCUGCACGUUGUGGAAGGAUCGACACCCUUCCUGCUCUCCAGCAAAUGGUUGUGGGAGCAAGAGGCGACUAUCAACUUCAAGACGGGCAAGGCCCUUUUUCCCAAGUUGUCUGACAACCAGGUGCAGCUCGAACGAGCCCCUACAUUCCAUCUUCUUUUGCCACUCACGGCUUUUGAAGGAAAUGGAAAGUUGAUCAACGAGCUGCUGGUGACUGAUGAUGAUCAGGAUGUCUCUAUCCUCAAGCUCCAGAGUGCGCCUCCUGAGAAGACCACGCUGAGUGAGGGGGUGGCUGGGCAACAGCCGAUCAUGCUGUUAGCCAAGAAGAACAUGAUGGUGGACUUGAACAACCACUUAGAGCCUUGUCUUGGAAAGAACCCAGCAUUGAUGAAAGAUCGAUCAGCCUUCUUGGGGUUAGUAGAUGCAUGCCAGGAAACACAUGCGUUUGAUGAGUGUUUUCAUGAGGCAGGUCAGGCAUCUGUGCAGGAUGAAGAGAGACCACCGAACGCUGAGGGCCAGGAUCCUCCCAGAGAAUCACCAAAUCCCAUUUUGGGGGAAGAAAAAUCUCAAGAAGACCAAGAAAUCAUCAGGAAACUCAGGGUUAUUCAUGCUAAUUUGGGGCACCCCAACAAAACCACGAUGGGAAGAUUGUUGAAAGAAGCUGGGGUCACUCAAAAAGUCCUGCAAUUAGCCGACCAAAUGGAAUGCACCGUGUGCCGACAAAGGGGUCGGCGAGCACCAUUGCGACCAGCAGCAGUUCCGGCCUUGGACCUUUUUCAGUGGCUGGAGGGUCAGGGGAUUCGAGUGCAAGCCAUCGCUGCAGAAGCGCCUUGGCAACUUGGCAAGCACUCGAAACACCUGGAGACUGUGAAAGAAAAUGCAAGUCUCUUGGCCCUUGAAACGGCCGCUGAUGUCGACGUGGAAGAGACGUUUGACGCCACUUUGGCAGCAAAGAAUGAGCUGCAUACGUUUCGUGGCUUUGCACCAAAUCAAUGGGCUUUCGGACAAAAUUGUGAUCGUGUGGGGUCCUUUUUGCAGAAUGGAGAACAUCCUGUCGUUCAGCAACAGAGGUCUAAACAGGUGUCUUUUGAGGAUCACAUGAAACGUAAAAACGAAGCUAGAAUGAUUUUCCUUAGGGAGGAUGCCAAGCUUCGAAUACAAAGAGCCGCACACGCAAACAUUCGUCGUGCACAAGAGUUUGAAACCGGGCAGUUGGUUUACUUCUUCAGACGGGGUAGGGGUCAUGGGAAUAGGUAUGAGAGUUAUUGGUUUGGGCCCGCUAAAGUUGUUUGUGUUGAAAAAACGGGCGACCCCGAAAGGAAUCAAAGUGCUGGUUCUGUUGUUUGGAUUGUUCACGGUACCACUCUCUACCGCUGUGCACCAGAGCAACUUCGUGUGGUCACACAUGAAGUUCAAAAUUUGAGUCACUUGUUUGGAUCCAAAGAAACUCCAAGUUCGAUGCUUGAAAAUGCUCGACAGAGCCAACAGUAUAGAGAUAUCACUAGUGAAUCUCAGCUGGUUGAACCUGAUGCUGAUGAAGCUGUUGAUGAAGAUCCAAACCUUGAUGGCUCACUCGUUCGGGCUCAAGAAGAACUUUCCCGCACGUUAGAGCCCAUCCGCCGACUCCGUGGUAAGCAGAAUACCAAGCAGGACAAGAACCGGCAUCCGGAAGUGGAAUCCAGCGAGAACCUCACUCAGAACUACCGCGAGAUGGAUCUCAAGCAGCUGGGAGAGAUGGAGCAGAAGCACGGGAAGUACUCCGGGGUGAAGCUAGUGGACAUCGUGGAAAAGAAGGAGGACUUCACAUACCUGCGGUGGCUCGUAGAGCAUCAUCCAAAGAACCCCAAGUUUUUGGCCCUGCUGAUCUAUCUGGAGCGUCACGAGCUCGUGGCCAGUCAGCAAGCCAAGACAGCCGAGCCCAAGUCAGUGAAGAAGCCCGGCGAGACUUUGAUACCCAUGUCCAGUCAAAGCGGCUCGCCCUACCCAGCCGGGAACCAGGACUCAAUGCUCAAGAUCGAGAUCCUCGAGAAGCGCAUGCAGGAGAUGCACUCCGAAAUGCAGACAAUGUUCCAAACGAUUCUGGAGCUGAAGGAUCACAAUCGCCAGAUCCAGGAGGCAGUCAUGGUUCUCAGCAAUCAUGUGGCCGGACACCAGAAUCGCAUCCAACACCUCGAGGACACGGCAGUACUGCCCUCCGACUUCGAGCCAGAGGAGACGCCCAUUCCUGUGAAUUACAUGGUUGAAAAUUCGGAAAUGAUUGAAAUCACUAUGAUUGUGGCCCCAAGGGAUGUCCAUAAUCAAAGGCGAAAUGGAGUUCAAGAGUGGGUUCUGAAUCAGAAACCCAAAAAGAAUGCUGAAGUAAAACUCAAGACCCUCAAUGAGGAAGAAAAAGCUGAAUUCCGUGUUGCCAUGCGGAGUGAGAUUGACAGUUUUCUGGAAAGGGAAGCCAUUGCCAUUGCGUCAAGACACGGUAUCGACCCCCAAAAGUUGUUGAACAUGCGUUGGGUUUUAACCUACAAGCCUAUCACCGAUGAACAGGGAGAAGUCACAGGACAGGAACGAUAUGCCCUCGGCAUCAACGAGAUUUGUGUGUCUCCGCAGAGAAAGAAAGAUCCUCAAGCUAAGGCCAAUAUUGAGGAGAAGAAACAACUCAGAGAGGGGGACGCACACUGCACUGUGGCGCAGAGUGGUGUCGUGGCGCGACGUGAAGCCGACCAGAGGGGGGAAGCCAAGAACCACAAGCGGGCCGAAGCCUUUGUUGCCAUACAGUACGUCGACGACGAGAAAAAGGCAAACUUCAUCUUCCAGACCAGCCAGUAA